GUGGCACUGGCAGCUGCAGUGCAGGGCGCACUGGUGUGUGCUGGGAGCUGUGACCCGGUCAACUGGCUCAGCUGUGGCAGCAUGGGGGGGACGCAGUCGCUGGCACUGCCCCAGGGGAGGGGACCUCACCAGGUGGGCUGCACAGAUGUCAUGGUGGGCCACACGCAGCAGGGGCUCUUCCUCCGGCUCUUCUACCCCUGCCUGCCCCGGGCAGGGGCUGAGCAGCCUCUCUGGAUCCCACGCUACCAGUACUGCUCCGGGCUGGCCGACGUUGCCCAGCGCAGCCGGCACUGGUGCGCGCCCCUGCUCAGCGUCGCCAUCGGGGGGUUUCUCUUCCCUGCAGGCUCCUGCCGAGUCCCAGUGAGCUGGAAUGGGCCUUUCAAGCCCUGCAGCAGCGGGUACCCACUGAUCAUCUUCUCCCAUGGCCUGGGAGCCUUUCGGACCCUCUACUCCUCAAUCUGCUCAGAGCUGGUGUCCUGGGGCUUCGUGGUGGCAGCGCUGGAGCACAGGGACCACUCUGCCUCCGCGACCUAUUUCUGCACGGCAGAGGCUGGGAGAGAGGAGUGGAUCCCCUACCAGCGGGUGCCCCAGGGACAGAAGGAGUUUUAUUUCCGAAAAAAGCAGGUGCAUCAGAGAGCUGAGGAAUGUGUGCGAGCGCUCCGGCUCUUCCAGGACAUCAACAGUGGUAAAUCUGUCCCCAAUGUCCUUCACCAGGACUUCGAGCUCUCCGUGCUGAAGGGCAGUGUUGAUCUGAGCAAAGUCGCUGUCAUGGGCCAUUCCUUUGGGGGGGUGACAGCAGUGCUGGCCUUGGUGAAAGAGCCCAGCUUCAGGUGCGCGGUGGCUCUCGACGCCUGGAUGUUCCCCCUGGAGAAUUCACUGUACCCAGAAGUGCCCAAGCCCGUGCUCUUCAUCAACACGGAGGAAUUCCAGACGCCAGAAAGUGUUGCCAAAAUGAAGAGGCUGAGCUCCAGAAACAGCCAGACAAAGAUUAUAACCAUCCUGGGGUCCGUUCAUCACAGCCAGACAGACUUCACCUUUCUCACUGGGAAGCUCAUCAGCCGUGUCUUCAGAGCAAGAGGAACCCUCGACCCCUACAAGGGUCUGGACAUCACCAGCCGGGCGGCUCUGGCCUUCCUGCAGCGGCACCUCGACCUGGAAGAGGAGUUCAAUCAAUGGGACAACCUCCUGGAAGGCAUCGGAGACUCGGUCGUUCCAGAAGCACCGUUCUGCCGCUCCAACCUGUAGCCUGCUCCCAGCUCUCUGGUGGGAGAUGGAUACGGGGAAUGCAGCUGCUUCUGGUCUGAAAUGAGCCAAGGAGGGCAGGAUGACCCAUGGGGAGAGCAGAAUCAUAGCAGGUCCACCACUGCAGGAUGUCUGGGAUGCUCAGUGGCAGUGCCAGGAGAGCCCAUCCUGCCUGUUGUGGGGGCUGUGGGGCUAAGGGAAUAAAAUCCCUGGGGACCAA